UUGUCUAGCAUGUCUGGAAUUUGUGUAGGCUGUACUGGGGCAGGGAAAGGAGAGUUCCUUUGUCACACAAACAAGGAGGAAGCUUUUUUCCUGUCUCUUCGAUUUACCAAUGCCUCAUCAGAAGCUUUCAGCACUUAUUGAUGCCAUCUGUAAUUUUAUCAUCUGCAAUGAUUCUUCCCUUCGAGGUCAGCCCAUUAUCUUCAAUCCUGACUUUUUUGUGGAGAAACUGCGACAUGAGAAACCUGAGGUGUUUACGGAGUUGGUGGUCAGCAAUAUCACAAGGCUUAUUGAUUUACCUGGAACGGAGUUGGCUCAGCUGAUGGGGGAAGUGGACCUUAAGUUGCCUGGUGGGGCCGGCCCAGCAUCAGGAUUUUUCCGGUCUCUAAUGUCUCUCAAGCGGAAGGAAAAAGGAGUGGUAUUUGGAUCCCCACUGACAGAGGAAGGCAUUGCCCAGAUAUACCAACUGAUUGAAUAUCUGCACAAAAACUUGCGAGUAGAGGGAUUGUUUAGAGUACCAGGCAAUAGUGUCCGACAGCAGAUUUUAAGGGAUGCUCUCAAUAAUGGAACUGAUAUUGACUUGGAAUCAGGGGAAUUUCAUUCAAAUGAUGUUGCCACUUUGCUGAAGAUGUUUCUAGGAGAGUUACCAGAGCCCCUGUUGACCCAUAAACAUUUCCAUGCACACCUCAAAAUUGCUGAUUUGAUGCAGUUUGAUAAUAAAGGAAACAAGACCAAUAUACCAGAUAAAGAGCGGCAGAUUGAGGCUCUUCAGUUGCUCUUCCUCAUUCUUCCCCCACCCAAUCGUAACUUACUGAAGUUAUUGCUUGAUCUCCUGUACCAGACAGCGAAGAAGCAAGACAAGAAUAAGAUGUCUGCCUAUAACCUUGCCCUUAUGUUUGCACCCCAUGUCCUAUGGCCAAAAAAUGUCACUGCAAAUGACCUUCAGGAAAAUAUCACGAAGUUAAACAAUGGGAUGGCUUUUAUGAUCAAACACUCCCAGAAACUUUUUAAGGCUCCUGCUUACAUUCGGGAAUGUGCAAGAUUACACUAUUUGGGCUCCAGAACCCAUGCAUCAAAGGAUGACCUUGAUCUGACAGCUUCAUGCCAUGCUAAGUCCUUUCAGCUGGCAAAAUCUCAGAAACGGAACCGGGUAGAUUGCAGCUCUCAUCAGGAGGAGACCCAGCAGCGAACAGAAGAGGCGCUGAGAGAGCUCUUCCAGCACGUUCACAGUAUGCCAGAAUCUGCAAAGAAGAAACAGCUUAUUAGACAGUUUCAAAAGCAGUCUUUGACUCAGACACCAGGGCGAGAACCUUCCACUCCCCGGGUACAGAAGAGAGCCCGUUCCCGCUCCUUCAGUGGGCUUAUUAAGCGCAAAGUCCUGGGAAAUCAGAUGAUGUCAGAAAAAAAAAACAAGUACUCUUCGCGAGAAUCUGUGGCUGUGGAUGAAUUGAAGAGAGACAGCAAAGAGAACCUAAACUUAGUAUUUUCUGGCUCUCCAGCUAUUAUGAUGACUCCAACAAAAUUGAAAUGGUCUGAGGGAAAGAACGAGGGGAAAAAAGGAUUCCUCUGAAGAAUCUCCAGUCAUCCACCCAGAAUUUUCUCUUUAGUGGGCCAGUUUCUUUUUUGUUUUUUAAUGCACACAAUGAAGCUGGACUUGCAGCUAGCUUGCUGCAUUUUGAAUUGAGAAAGCCAACUAACACUGUGACCUGACUGACACUCUAAUCCUACUCACUGGAUGAUGCUGGCAAGCUGUGCCUCCUGAGGGAGCAAGCUGUUCUCCCUUGCUUUCUCUUUUUAAUAUUAUGGGGAAACCACUAACCAGCCACCUGGCUUAUACAGUGUAGCAAAUGAACAGAACCAGGUGGUGUGUUUAGGCAGGUUCUGUUUUAAAAAACCUGAAAUUUGUGCUCGACUAUCAGUGAUUUUUUUUUUUUAAUUCUAGAGGAUUGAUGUUAUUUUAACUGGGGUUUUACUCUGUUUGACAGUGUUGGGGGAUAGUUGUUUGUUAUUUACUUAUUUGUUGUUUGUUUAUUUCUUUGCCUUAAAAGCCAUUUUUUUUUUUUUUUGAGGGGAGGGGCAUUUGUUACCUAAAAGGGCUCUUGAUAACCUAAAAGCCUUUCGGUCUUUUUCAGCUUGAGCUUUGGGAUAGCUCUUUAACUCAGGAUGCUGUAUUCCUCAGUAUCUUAUUUGUGUUCAAGGAAUGUAUAGCUUUUUUGGAAACUUCUUAUUAUUCUUGGGUCUAAGAUUAUAGGAUGUUUGACCUGCAGUAUUGUAAGCAGAAUUCAGAACAACACUGUAUUUUAACAGAUUUCAAUUUUAAACUGUUUUCCCUCCCCCACUCCCUCCCUUCUCUCUCUUUCCUUUCCUUCCCAUGUCUUCAGUGAUGCAAAAAUAAUUGUGUAGUUGCUGAGGUUGUCCCCUUCAUUCAGCAUCCUCUCACCUAAAACAUCUCUGAUGCCAAUGGAAUACUUCUGAACCAAAUUCUUGUGACUCAAGAAUAGUCACUGACAGCUUCCUAGAGGUGUGCUGAAUCAUUGUAUGCAGUGGGAAGCUCUAGAGUGCGCCUAGGAGGGGCUGGCUGGCUGCAGGUGGAGUCCUGUUGACCUUCCCAGGGACCAGGUGUGCAGCUAGAUUUUCCUGAGAGCAAGUUGGAAUCAGAAGAAAGGAGUGAGCAGCAGUCUCUGUAGAGCCUAUAGGAUUUAAAGAAGAGACUGUUCUUAUUUGGAAGCAGUUGUAGCUUUUCCCCAGUCCUCAAGAGCAGAUGCUGCACUUCUCCUCUCCUUAUCAAAGGGGCCAUGGGGAGAAAUUUGGAGAUGGGGCUGGAACUUUUGCCUUUUGGGUUGUGUAUGUUCACAUAUGUUUGAGGUGAGCAAUGACAUGACUUUAGUCUUGUAUGAAAUAUUAACUGUGUGGCAAACAGCAUGUGGCAGGUGAGAAUGUUCAGGUGUGUGCCUGACUGUGUUAAGCUACAUAACCAUCCCCACCCUGUGUGCUGGACCCAUGUCAGGCCACUGUAGGGAAGCAGAUGCCCAGCAAAAUAUGGUUUGCUGACCUACUUUUACAUGAUUGAAAAUGCUGCAUUAUUGCCGAAACAAAAGAUGAUUCUAGGCAGCAGAGUUUGGCUUUGUGUCUGACUCUUGGUCCUCUCUUCCAUACUAAACUGUUUCUUUUGCUGUUGUAACAGCAAUAGUGAAGAAAGUGUAAAAUUCGGCCUUUAGGACUAAUAGACUUAAGGACAGUAGAUGCGUGGGAGUGUUAACCCCUUAAAAGCCCCUUUCUCUGGAGCAGUUUUAGGUCAUUGUUAAAAAUAUUAGCAAAUUCAACUGUAUAGGUUUCUAUUUGAAUUCUUUUCUUAAAAGUUGCAUUUAUCUAAAAUAUUAUUAUCUGGUUACUUUACUUCUUUCUCUUAUUAAGAAAAAACAGUUUCUUACCCCAGAUACUCAGAGACUCCUUUUGGUAUCACUAAAUCAAAGUAGUGUUCUUUGUUAAUUCUGUACUACCUUUCUUUAUUCCUUUAAGUGUAUUUCAUCCUGGAGUAGGGUGGCAGUCUUAAACAUAAGUCUGGCAUCAGGUAGAGCAGAGCAGUGACCAGAUACCUCCUUGUCACCUGUUAGUUCUGUGCUCAGUUUAAGAGAGGUGGUUGACUCUUAAGAGAUGCUAUUUGGAUAAAUGGAAUCAGUAACCCAGGGUAGUGUUCUGGCGUGAGGAUGGUGAGAGAUGUUUACCACAUGCACAUGCUUUUAUAUAGCUAGUUCCCUGGAACAGUUUAUGUGUAUUUGGGUCUGUUUUUUGUUUAUUUAUUGAUUAUACUUUCACUUACUUUAAAGGUAUUAUAGCCAUUUUUUUUAAUAGAAGCUGUGAUCCAGUUGGAAACCACAUUUGAGGAGUAAGCAGUAUAACCUUUUACCUUAUAAUAUGUAACUAUUCUGAUCCUAUGGAAUCUUAUAGAAAACAGAAAAAAACCCUUCCUCAUUGCCAUGGAAGGUUGCAAUCUCCCUUCUGAUGUGGUGGGCAGAUAUUUUUGAGCCAGUAUUAGUUAAUUUUUUAACCUAUAAGAUGUUUUUUAAAUCGGUUUUGUUUGUGUUUAUUUUUCCAUGUUGGAACAGUCUCUUUGGAUGUGUCUCUUCUUGUGGCUUUUAAAGUUUCUUUCUGUGGUCAGCUGCCAUGGGUUUUACGUGAUGUCAGUAUGGGGUGGUGUAUAUGUGCCAAGGGUGUGCAAGCAUGAAAACACAGACCGCUUCCUUGAUUCAGUUCUGUGCUGGAGGAGCUCCACUGGCUGAAUUAGCGGGAGCCACAGGCACUGAGUUUCCAGCCUUUUACAGUAAUGGACUUUUGUACUGGGAAUAGUGAUUUGGUUUGAAAAACUCCACUGCAGCAGUUGAAGGAGAAUCAGACCUCUUUCAGCUUGAGUGUCAACAAGAGGAGCAGGUAAUGAAUCAUAAGUGAACCAGUUGACCUUCCACAAAGGAGAGCUCUUUACCUGAAAUGGCCACCAAGAGAUAAGAAUGACCAGGGGACCCCUAUGGGAAAUGAGGCAGUACAGGGCUGUGAACUGUGGGGACCACUGGAUGCUUCAUAGGUGACUGUUUUGUUGACCUCCAGGGAGGCCAGUUGAUCCUAGAGUCAGAACAGAGCCAUUCUUCCCACCUGAGCAGGAGUUUUGGUCAGCUUCCCUCACAGGAGUCUGCGGUAGCACACGGUUUAAAAUCCUGCUUUCUUGGGAAACUUGUGGUCAUCGGGGCUGUGCCCCACAGUCUGGCCACGGGACCAUGCCACAUGGGAGGCAUCUUUGGGAUCCAUGGUCUCUAGACUCUAUCUGCUUCCUUGCUCCUUCCAGGGCCCCACACAGAGGGUGGAAACUGAUGGCCCCCUUUCAGAGUUCUCACCUGCAUAGAACUUCUUUCCCCAGCAGAGAUCGUCCCUUUCCUCCUCUGCCCUGAAACUUUUGUACUGAAGGAGAGGACCUAGAUCGAAAAUUGGACACCAGCAGGACAUUGCAAACUUUGGGGGCAGAUUUGGGUUCCUAUGGUGUACAAACUCUUGAACCAGUGGUAAUUAGUCCCAUGGCAAACUCAACUGUAGAAAGCUGGCCUUCCAGACAGCUAAUGCUGAGAUCUUGAUGGAGGAGGGCUAGUGAGAAGGUGGAACACAAAUAGCCCCAGUGCUUGGGUUACCAUGGAAACCGGAGUGUGUGAGGCCACAGCCUGAGCCGAAGAGCCAUUGAACAUGCCCCUUACAUAUUUAGGGACCAGCAGAACCUGCUGGGAAAAACAUUCCCUCACCCCAGGGUCCUGUCUUCCUAGCAAGGGUUGUCUAUGCACUAAGAACCUGCUCAACAACCGAAGCAAGGUUUCUUAAGAGAGAAAGUUUCACCAUUUUUUAUUCAUUCUUAUUUACUAUAUAUAUAUGUAUGUGUAAUUAUAAAGAAACAAUCAUAUGCAUUGUCUUUUCUAUUUAUGUAAUAUUCUGAAAUUAAAUUUCUUUUGUUUCAUAUCCAUA